AUGGCGGCGGCUGCGGCAUCUGCGGCGUCGUUUCGCGGCAAAAGCGACGGUCAAUGCGAGCCCAUCAGGCUCAACGAGAGCCGCCGUGAAGCGCGGCCCUGCGGCGGUUUCGCCCGUGAAAAAGUCGUCUCACGUGGCCCCCUGCCCAGCAAAAUGCGCCGCAAAGGGCUGACAUCAUGCCCAACUCCCUGCAGUGACGCGCCUACUGGACGAGCAAACACACAAUCGGGGGCGGCAAUGCCGCAGCCGGCACGGGGCCUUGGCGGAACGCAUCCUACACGUGCCCAUCAAGCGGCUACCCUGGAGACCCCGGAUUCCAGCCUUCGACUUACACCACUCCAACAAAUCGUUGCCACUCCCCCUGGACUUAUAGCCGCGAUGCAUGACACUACUGAGCGCUGCCGCUUGCCGCCCUUCCGGCGUCAGCCGCAUCGCCCUGUUAAGCCUGCGGAGUUUACGCCACGAUGUCUCUGUACGGAGGAAUUCUCCAUGGUGGUUGUGAGACUGACUGGAGCCAUAUCGCUAGAGUGCUUGGCUGCCGCCGAAUCGUCUCAAGCACGGCCUUGGGACGGGUAUGGAGCAGGAGAAAAUGCCUAUGGCCUUGGAGCUCGGUUGCUCCCAAGGUGGCAAAGUACGAGUAGGGUACCUCCCACAUGCCAAACAACAGCAUUGGAAGAGGGUCCAACAUCUCCAGCCAAGGCUCUGCAACCGCUAGCGCAGGGAAAAAGCGGAUGA